AGUACACAAUGUUGCAAAACACACGAACUAACAAGAAAGCCGAGUAUUGCUGUCAUAAAAUAUCCAGCAGUGAAGUAAAUCUAUAGGAUUGUCACGCGGUUAUAACAGCAAUUACUAUUGGAGUACUGUUACAAAAUACAAGGAAUGGAAAGCUACAACGGGUGCUAAUUGAUAUCGCGCUGUUACGAAAUACACCAGCGCUCAAGAAUGCCGUCACGAUAUACAAGAGGAGUACAAUCUUCGGGUAUAGGAAAAGGUAAAGAAUAUUACAAAGUCGUCACGAAAUACUUGAGAAUUAACUGAUACUGGAGCGGUGUCUUAGGAUAUGAAAAUAGUUAAUCAAUUUGAAUGUGUUAUCGCGAAAUAUAAGAAGAGUUAGUAAUGAUAUAAAGCUGUCACGAACUUAAGCUAAGUAUUAACGAAUGUUAUAAAGUUAUCGGGAAAUUAAAGAGGAACGCUUUCACGAAAUACACAAGUUUAUUAUUGUUUUCUAAUAGGCCAUCACGAGAAACAGGAAGAACUAAAUAAUAUUGGAGCCUUCACCAAGUACUUUACAGUUGGUGUCGACUGCUGCUAUGCUAAACAAAUUAUCAACAGGUAAGGGACACUUCACGAAUUGGCGAGUUAACGGGACUUUCACGAAAUACGUAAGGAACUAGGAAUUGCAGCAACCGUCACGAACUUACGAGUGAAUGUAAUGCGAGCGAGGUGUAAACAGAAAUCGUUUCAACCUACAACUAUUGGUUCUAAAUAUGUCUGGUGAUUUCACGAUCGAAACAUUUCUUCACUUUUCCGUUUGUUUCCACCUCGACUGCAGCCGAGUAUAAUGCGAAUAUUCAACAAUUAUCUACUCGAUUUCUGAAAUAUUUUGGAUUAUUUCGCGCGAAUUUCGACAUGAAAAUAUAUAGUAAGAAUGGACAUGACUCCUGUGAAGAUAUCAGUGACUUCUUUAGUUUUCACAUCACUAUGACCACAGAAGAUCUUUUACAACCAGGUCAUGUUGUGAAGGAAAGAUGGAAAGUGGUAAGAAAAAUUGGAGGUGGUGGAUUUGGGGAAAUUUACGAAGGCUUAGAUCUAGUCACGAAAGAAUUGGUGGCUCUCAAGUUAGAGUCUGCAAAGCAGGCAAAACAGGUGCUCAAAAUGGAAGUUGCCGUGCUCAAAAAAUUACAAGGUAAAGAGCAUGUGUGCCGUUUUAUCGGUUGCGGACGUAACGACAGAUUCAAUUAUGUGGUCAUGCAGCUUCAAGGGAAAAACUUGGCAGAACUGCGACGAAGCCAGCCUCGUGGUGCCUUCAGCUUAAGCACUACAUUGCGUUUAGGACUACAGAUCCUAAGAGCUAUAGAAAGUAUACACGAUGUUGGUUUCCUCCACAGAGACAUUAAACCUUCCAACUUUGCUAUGGGACGUUUACCUCACAACUGCCGAAAAGUAUACAUGCUAGACUUCGGAUUGGCUCGCCAGUAUGUAACGACAUCCGGAGACGUACGUCCGCCGAGAGCGGCCGCAGGAUUCAGGGGAACCGUCCGUUACGCCUCGAUAAAUGCCCAUAAGAACAAGGAAAUGGGAAGACACGAUGAUCUCUGGUCGUUAUUUUAUAUGCUCGUAGAAUUUGUAAAUGGACAGUUGCCCUGGAGAAAAAUCAAAGACAAAGAACAGGUAGGGAUAAUGAAAGAGAAGUAUGAUCAUCGCCUGCUGUUAAAACAUCUUCCAUCAGAUUUUCGACAGUUUCUCGAUCACAUUUCAUCUUUAGAUUAUUAUGAUAGGCCGGAUUACGAUAUGGUGGCAGGUCUGUUUGAGCGAUGCAUGAAACGAAGAAGUGUGAGAGAUUGCGAUCCUUAUGAUUGGGAGAAGAAUAUAAUAGAUAACUCUUUAACUACCACCACUACAACUUCGCCUGCCAUCAUAUCGAAGCCACUGCAUCCUGGAACUGCUCCCCCGGGAACGCAUGGCACGGAUAAUAUGCUUGAUGAUAACAUUAUGGCUAGUUAUGAAGAUCAUGGAGAGAAUUAUAAACAAGAUGGCUAUCAUGUCACUGGACAAGCUAAAGAAACAAAAGAAGAACAGUGCAUUCACAAUAAACCUACGGCACAAAUACAAACUUAUUUUAAUACUGAUGCUUAUUCGCCUGGCACAGUUCCAGAUAAUGUGCAACAUGUAGCAAUAUCUAGGCAAGUUAUAUUAGAAAAUAAUAACAAUAUUGUGAUAGAAGAGCAUCCAGGCCAGAAAACACCUUCGGAAGAACCUAAAGUUGAGAAAAUGGAGGUUGAAGGAGAAGAGGAGGAAGAAGAAGAACCAAAAGAAAAAGAACAAGUAGAAGCAGAUGAGGUUUGUAAAGCAGAGGGAGAGGAGGAAAAUCCUCCUCAUCAAGUAGAUGUUGCAGUUGCCACAGAAAAAGUAAAGAAAACUGAAUGGUCUCCUUCUACUCAGAAGAAGACUCAUAAAGAGUUACAAAAAUUAAUUUUAGAUGGAAUUAAAGAGGAUGAAAAUGCUAAAAACCUUGUGAAAAAGGAGAGAGAAGUAAAUGGUCACUGUGAAGAUGAGGAUGAUGAUAAUCGUGUUGAAGAAACUAAUCAGCCUUAUCAAAAUAAUUAUACAGCACAACCACCACAUAGCGAGCCCAGUAAAUUAACGCCAUCGAUUGGUACGCCUCCUACUGAACCGAAAUUUCACAGAGAGAUAUGUGAUCAAGCACCUAGGGAACAUAGACAUCGUAGAUUCUAUCCAAUGGCCAGAGCACGAUGUCACAGAGAUAUAUCAAUUACCCAAUUUGCAUUGGCAGAUGAUGAUAACAUAUCUGCUCUUCAGCAAGUUACGAAAGGUGCAGCUGCUGCUAUGACAUUAGUAUCAAAGUGGCAAGCUUCAUUUGAUGAUAGUGAAGAGACAGAUCAUGAAAUUGAGGACAAUGUACAGUUAACUUCGCCAGAACAUAGACCUAGCAGAACUGAAAUAGUUCCGGCUGCUCCGGUUGUUGAAACAGAAGAAGAAUAUGGACCGAAUGCUAUGGCUUUUAUUCCAAUAAAUGAAACAAAGACACCAAGUGAGAUAGAAAUCCAUAUAGAAGGACCAGAUAAAGAGAAAUUGUCAAAUGAAAUUUCUCAAGAUGCAGAUGAUAGUGGAUACAAGAAAAUAGAGGAAAGAAUGCUUUGGAGAGCUAGAAGGUGUGUUCGUAGAGCUACUUCCCAUCCAAUUAAACUUGCAUCAAAUAUCAUAUCACCUGUCCAGGAACUAGAAGAAGGGGAAAAUUCUGACUGUCCACAUCGCAGACUGGGAAAAUUAUAUAAAAAAGCAUCAAAUCAAGGAUUACCAAGAGCCUGGAGCUGUCCAACAAUUUCCUUCCAUAUAAGAUCCAGUUUGCCACCUUCAUUAAAGCAACAGGCUUAUUUUGAAGAGAAUAUAUAUGAAGUUGAUAUUUUAAGAAAUGUAGCUGCCAAACAGUCUACUGAUAACUUAGAACAAACUGAAGAAAGAAGAGCUUCUUUGCCAUCUCUUCACUUACACACAUCUGCUGAAGAGCGAUCUCCAAUGGUCACACCUGUACAAGAUGAUGUAGCCCAGGAUAAGCAAGAUAGUGCCUGUGCCAAUGUCAAAGACUCUGAAUGCAACAUCAAAGGAGGAGGAGACACGUCUACAAAGAAUGAAAUUGAAAAUGUGAAAACAGAUGACAAGCAAACAGAUAGCAGCAAAUCUGUUGGUAGGAUGCCUAAUGUAUGUCCAAAAGGGAUACUAAAAAAAACUAGUUUCGAUUUAUCUAUUUCAGCUGCAAGUAAAAGUGAAGAUAAAGGUCCAGUUCAAGAUGAGAAAUCAAUCCUUGCCAGACAUAGAUCUGAACUGUAUAUAAAAUUAGGAUUAGAAAGUCCAGGAGCAGAGAAGAAUUCUCCAAUCAGUCCAGGAAUGGAAAUAGCAAAGUUAUAUUUCGACGAACCGUCUGUAUACUUUGAUGCACCCCUCGCAAUCGAAGAAGGUUAUCAAACGGAUAGCAGAAGAGCAUCAGGCGUCAUCGAUAAUAAAAAAUUGGAUCUAACAAAGAGUUCUGAAGAUAACGAAGAAGAGAUUUCAAAAGAAGAUUUUCAAACACCCCCUAAAGAGGAGUUUAAAUUUCGAACAGAUAGCCAGUCCAAAUUAUCUCUUUUGUCAGAUCUUCCAGAAGUUUUUAGAAUGCUUGGAAUGAGAAGUUCAGGAGCAGACACAACAAGUGAAAUGAGUAGAGAUACACCACCCCCAUGUAGCGAAGGUCAGUUGUGGAUGAGAGAAGUGGGAACACCUCUCAAAGAACAGUUAAUGCAAAUCGAAGCCAUUAAUGAGUUAGAAGAUGAACAAAAACUUGAUGCUGAAAAUAGGAGUAUUAACGAAGCAAGCAAUGAUGAAAAUGUAUUCAAACCAACAGAUAUUGUGGAAAAUAUACAUAGUAAACAGGCCAAAUUGCAAACAAAUGAACAAAAAUCUAAACACGAAACAGUUGCAUUAAAUAAUAUUUCCAAUGAACAGUUUAAAUUGAGAAAUAAAGAUAAAAGCACUCCUGUUUGUGGAAUCGGUAGGAGACGGGUAGAAUCUCUAGGAUCUCAUGAAGAUUUAUUUCCUUCACGCAUCCCUGUAAGAAUGAUAGAAACAAGCAGAGAAAAUACUCCUGUCACUGAUGAAAGCUGGAAGAAACAUGCCUUAGGUGCAACUGAGAGAGGCCAAAUUAAACGAAGAGCAGUGAAAGAACAGAAAAAAAGACCAAAAUCUUUAGUACAGGAUUCAAAUCGGAAUAAUUCUCUCAAAUUGGACUGUGCUUUCAGAGAUGACAGAAUGCAGCAGUCAGACUUCAGGCAAAAUGGUUUCACUGAUGAUAAACAUGUUGAACUCCCAGACUUAAUGGCGGCUUCUACAGGUGUAAGAAAUAGUAGAGAGAUGUAUGGAGUGUUAGUUCCACUUGCAAGCAGCAGAAGUACUUCCAGUUCAAGAGAAGAAGUUUCAGAGAGACUAGAUAAGAAAUCUUCAGAAAGAACAGGAAGAAGAGUAGUACGUCCUGCUCCAGGAGGUGUUUACAUAAGAAGCGUAAGUUGGGAUCAGCAGACAAGAGAUAGAAGAUCUCCGUCUUCCUGCAGGCAAUGGAUAGGAUCCGAAAAACACAGGGACAUAGAAGAAGUGAAAUUACGUCAUCCAAGAAGGAGACAUCGUCCCGUCACAGUGGGGGGAGAAUCUCGCAUUCCACGACCAAGAGCGCAUCGUCGCAUGUCCGAUUCCGAUCACCUAUACGAUUAUCACAAAAAUGUUGAUGCCGAAAGUCGAUCUUACAGCUCAACAACAGGAAGCAGAGAAUCACUGCACAUUAGAGGUGAAAAUAAGCAACUGAAAGAUCGUCAGGUUAUGUUUCAAGAAGAUAUCAUAAGGAAUUCCAAUAAAGGAAUAUCGCUCUGCGAAGGAUUACACCUUCCGAGUGUUGAAAAUGCUUACAAUAACUGCAUGCCAAUCAGGCGUCACAGAUAUCGUCCUUUAUCACCAAGUGAUCUACCCAUGACCGGAAGUGAUUCUUCACGUGGUACAUCUCCAGAAUGAGAUUUACGACAAGAUCAUUUGUUGAUAAAGAGGAGUUAAGCCAACUGUGAAUUAUCAUAAGAACACAGUAAGCCAUCAGAGACUUCAAUUUAUUAAAGAACCAAACCCCGAAGUUAGUUCACGACUUUUGGAAUAUAAUAAUCAUCAUUUUUGGUAUAUAAUAUUGCAGAAUUUUAUCUCGGUUUGGAAGAAAAUAUCAGGCUUGUCACAACCUCUUCUCUGUUGUUUCAUUCUGUAAUCAUUAAUCUAGUCAAGUCAGGAUGUAUUAAUUAAUUAUAUCGAGCGACUCUUUGCUCGUUCAACGUCGUAAUUAUCAUAGAUGAUCGCUUUGAUCCAAUCUCCAGCAUUUACAUUUGGCUUUCAAAAUGUUUUCUCUCGUUGAUUUGCACAUCAUCGAAAUGUGCAGCAUUUCUUAAACAGAGCAUUGUCAGAAAUUACAUGUGAGUAUAAAAAAAAUAUGCACAGAUGCAUCACUACGAAACAACGGUGCUUAUAGAAAUGAGUUUAAAUCUGCUAGAAAAAAACAACCAGCAGUGCACAAAAUUUUUGUUCUUUUGUUAUUUGAAACAGAAUUUUCAAAAAGAAAUAAUAAUAAAUAUAUAUAUAUUGUUUCUUUCUUACGUUUCAAACAAUCUGUGAUGCAUUUUGAAGCAGGCAAAAGUCUGUGUGCAUAUAUAAUUGUUUUAGCGUGAAUCUUGUAUAUAUACACGAUUGUACAGGUGAUAUUUUGUUAUGACAUCCUUACUAGACCUUCUGUUGUGCCCAAAUUUUAUGGUGCAUACACUUGAGCCAUAAAUGCUCACCAAAAAAUAUUUAUAUUGUAAUAGAUAAGUAAAUUUAAACAGCACAGUUUAGAAAAAAAUGAAAAAAAAUCAUUAUAUACAUUUUUGCCUUUCAGAGAUGUAAAUUAUGUUAUAAGUAAUCCUUCUAACAUAUGGACAAUGUUGGAGAUGGAUUUUCAAUAAGGGUAUUUGUCCAAAUGUAAUUAGUUCCUGUUUCGGGUUAACGUGCCACAAAUUUGCUAGUCAUUACGGAUACUCAUUUUUUCUCGGUUUUUUUAUUAAUUUUUUUUUUGUUUAACACGUUCGCCACGGUCUCGCGUCACGAAGACCGCCCGCAGUCACCUUUUCACGUUAGUUCCCGAAACGCUAAGUUCUUUAGUCGCCGGAGACGACCAAAACUGUGAUGAUCCCAUGUAACCUAUUUGCAAGUCGUGCCUGUCGGAAUUCGCAUCUUUUCCACACGCCUCUCUUCUCUCUCCUCGCGGAUCUUCGAACAGAUCGGCCAGUGGCGGACUCGUUAACCAAUUUUAAUUGAUUGUGUGUGUUUAAUUUAUUGACUGCCAAUUUAUUGGUGUACGUUCGAAUUGUUGAAAAUUUUAGUACACAUUUUAGUUUACAAAGAAAAGAAACCAACCAAAAAAAGAGAUGUUAUACACAAUAUAGCAAGAUAUUUAAUUUAAGAAAUUAUAUUUAUAUAUACACAAAAAAUGGCUUAUUUUAUAUUGGAUUGUUACAAAAUUGUUUUUAUAUAUUGUGAAAUCACAUUCGUAGAUUGUAAAAAUCCGACUGCUUAUUGUAGGAAUGCCUUAAAAUCAGAUAAAAGAGAAAAAAAAAUUAUAAUUUGUUUUGUGGAGGCAUUUCUCCUUUUGCAAGGUAUGAAGAAGAGAACAGUUAUUAAGUACGAGCGAACUUAAGCGGACAUUCCUACGAACGAACGAUCUCUGCGCAAGAAAAGCAAAGUUUCGAAUUAAUUCUUAUUUAUGAAUUUAACGCUUCUCAUAGAAAAAACAAAAAAAUUCUAAAUUUGAGCUACCUAAGUACUACAUUCCCGUGCAGCCUUAAAAAAAAAACUAAUCUCCAACACUUUGUUGGCUGUAGUAGACUAGGCAGUAUGUUUCAAAAAAAAACAACAAAAAAAAAAAACCUGUAUCUUUUUAUUACAUUGUACGAAAGAAAGUGAAUCCUUUUCCCGAUUUGUGUGUGUUUAUUUCGUUGUUCGACAUUAAAAAAAUUGAAAAA